UUUUUUUUCCUUCUCCUCCAGGUCAUGUGGAGUCAGCAUUCCUUCCUUCCCCCUCCCCACUUCCUCCCUUCCCCCAGUCUCUGCAAUUAGCUAAUGGGUGCCUGGGAACAUCUGGAAGGAAGUGGGUCCACCUUCAAUUUGCAAACUGCUCGCUGGGAGAGAGUGAGACAGGGAGAGAGAGAGAGAGAGAGAGUUUCCUGCAGCCAGUCUAUCAGUACGGGGCCACUUCUGCUUUACUGAAAGCCUUUUUGAGCAUCACAGCCCAUACACUGCGAGUCUGCUUAGAUUGAGCGGUGGGGUCGCUCCCUGAAUGAAAGUCUAACAAGGAGCUCCUUUGAAGUUGCUGAGCUGCAGAUGGCUGAGGAUUUUUAAGGUCGAGCUUUGGCACUGGAGGAAGAAAAGUGAAAGGUAAAAAGAAACUAUUGGAUGAAGCAAUGCCAACACCACAUCACACAGUUUGGAGUAUUAUUUCUGUUCAUUAGUUUACUGGGCAAUGUGAACGAAUCAUCAGCAACACUCUCCUGCUUGGAUUUCUCCACCAUAGUUUACUGAAUCCAUCAUUCCAAUCUUCAGACCAAACGUUUCCUGAAGCUGACCUGUUGGCUCAUCUGCCGAUAACUGCCGAACUGAAUGGAUAUUCCAAAGGCAGAGGUGACCCUCAUCACCAACAGCAUCCAAGCCUAUAUGCAAAUUAAGUUAAACCCAGAAAAGGCUGCCUUGUACUUCAUCACUGGGGUGUGCUUUGGCCUCAUCCUGACUCUUUGCCUGCUGGUCAUCCGAAUAUCCUGCCACGCUCGCACAGCGGCUGCUGCCCCAGUCAAGAGGAAGGCUGAGGAAGGUAGCGAGGAGGAGGAUGAGGAGGAGGAGGACGAGGAGGACGAGUUGGACAGUGUGCCGCCCACAACGACGGACUUGACACUGGCCAACCAUGCCCAGACCCACACCAGCUCCAAUGUGAACGUCUUUACUUCUGCCGAGGAGCUGGAGCGCGCCCAGCUGCUGGAGGAGAGAGAGCGUAUCAUUCGUGAGAUCUGGCGAAGUGGGCAGCCGGACAUUCUGGGCAGCGGGUGCCAUCAGUUCGAAAUGGAGCUGUUGCCCAACGGAGGCCAGAGAGAACAUCGAACCUGGAGCCCAAACUCCGAGGGCAAGUACUAGGGGAAGAAAGGAAGAUAAAGCCAUUUUUUAAAAAAAGAGAAAUGUUUAUUAAUUAGCCACAGACAUAUGGAAAACAAAGGACCAAAAUUGAAUAGAUAAGAAUUUGUACCAGAUGUAUGGAAUUACCAAAAUCAGAAAAACACAAAGAAACAAAAUAGUACCAAAGGUUUGCAGAAUAGGGAUUGCAAGCAGGCUGUUCGUUUAAUAUGGAUUUGUACAUCCAGCUGAGUUGUGUUGGAAACUGUUGUUAGAGCACAGAUAUUGCGUUAAAGUCACUGCCGUCUAAUGCUGUAUGUAGGACGGACAACUCAGAAUCAUUCCACUGAUGGGGAAGAAGCAAUGCAUUCACCAAGGAAAAUCCAGCCUGAUUGAAAGCUGUCCCUUCAGAUAUUGACAAUUCUACCUUCUCCCAAAGAGGAAAUGUUCCAAUUCCAGGGACCCUCAAAUUUGUUGUCUUACUGUUACUGGAAAUAGCCACUGAUCCCUGGGAGAAUUUUAUUGAUUUUCCCUGAACUUCUCCAAUCCCAUCCCAAAUCUCCGAUUCUCCAACCUCAAAUCGAACUUCAUAUCCAAUAUUUUUGUAUAUUCAUAAACACUAUUUUCUGAUGAGCAUGAUAUUUUAGAAUAUAUAACUAGUGCAAUGAUCUGGAUUGGUUUCCAGAGCCUCAUUGUAUAUGGUGCUUGGACUCUUUAAGAAAUGCACUUGUGGAAAAUGGUACUGUUUUUAUAGCUUUACCCACAAUGGGACCAAUGUGUUACAUGUUGCUUACCUGUAUAGUCCAAUGUGUUACAUGUUGACUUAUCUAUAUGUAUCUUAUCUGUAUGGUCAGUGCACUACAUGUGUCAUGCCUGUAUGGACCAAUGUAUUGCAUGUGACAUACUUGUAUGGACCAGCUUGUUACAUGUAACUGGUGCAUUAUGUGUAACUUACCUACAAGGAGGAAGUUGCUGCAUGUGAUUAAUACAAGUGCCUUAUUAUUGAUGUCUUAGUAACACAAAGGGCUGGAUUUCUGCUCCUGAGGCCGAUAGCUGGAGUCAGGAAAUUUCCCAAUUUGGCAGACCCGCCUCAGUUUAAAGGGUCCCUUAGGACUUAAUUUUUGCUCUGGGGAGCUGGGGUAGGAUAGAGCUGGGUCUGCCAACCCCGGAAGCAGAUCCUAGGUGGCCACAUGGGUGGGUGGUGCCGAGACUGCUGAGUAGGCCCACCUCAGUUCUCUGGGACUUCGUCAAAGUCAUUUUAGACAUUGUUCGGCCCUCUAGCCCUCACUCCUCAUACCCUUUCACCCCCCCAUGCCCCUUCAUACCCCAUGCCACCUCCAUGCCAACUUGUCCCCAACCACCACACAUGCACCUCAUAUCCCCAUGUAACCCCAUAGCCCCUCGCCCAGUGUCUACCAUGGGCAGACCGCAGGAGCCAUGUGGAGAUGAAAAAAUAAAUUUAUAACAAUCUAAUACCGCUCUCAUCAUACACACUUGAUAGUGAAAAAAAAAUUCCCAUUCAAGUAACCCAUUCAAAGCUUUUAAAUAUCCUCAAGUGGUUAAUUUCUUAUUAAAACAAUAAACUUCUAUUCAGACCCUGUAUCAAAGACAGCCAAUCCUUUAAUAGCCUCUUUAAAAUGUCAAUCAAACUAUGAAUCCCCUGCUGAGGUAAUAGUGGCUUUUGAAACCCAGCCAAGCAUUCAUAGUGAACUAAUAAUAGCCCUUAGGCAAAUGUCAACAAUGAACUUGAUUGAAACUGCAUGACCAGAUGGUUUUUUUUCUAACCUAUGCCAGAUGGCCUGUCAAUCAAAGCAGUGCAGCAGAGUUUUUUUUAACUCUCACUGAUAGCUUCAGUCUUUUUGUUCCAUGUUUAAAGAGUGGGAGAUUUAAAAUACUUCAAACCAUGACACCUAAACAGACUUUAUACAUCCUUCAAGAGAGUUUACAUUUACUCCAUCAAUUUGUGGCUCCCACAAUGUUGGUAAAAGUCCUUGCAACAGCCAAAAUGAGGUCUGUUUGAAAUCAACACUAAGUUCAAAUGGCCCUACUGAGCUUGGGUUUCCCUGCUGUGUGAAACACACCCAUCUCCCUUCCUCCUGCUGGCAAAAAUUGGACAUAUUGGAAAUGGGGGCAUAAAUUCCGCAUCCCGGUCUCACCCGCUAUUUUCAAAGGUCCACAGAUUAUUCUUGACUCCGCAACUAUCAGGCCCAAAAACCUAUAAUUCCAAAAAUGCUUCACUUGACACCUUGUUUUUCUAGGUCAGUGACAUAACAACAGAAUUGGAAAGAGGAUCAAAAUGGACAAAAUUCACAUUCCUUGCUUUAAAAUGACACUUUGACACUUUUGUUUGAUAGACAACAAAUCAGCGGAGGAGUCUCAUCAUCCUCCCACCCCCAUCUCCCCCUCCCCCAGGCACUGCUGAAUUAGCUGAUCUCAUUUGGGGGCAGUACCACAGCUGAUCGCAAUGUUGGGGAAGGGUAAACCAAGCAAUGUUUCCAUUUAUGAAAGCAAUCUGAUGCCCCCUGUUUACAAAGAAUACGUGCUGUCAGGAUGUGUGGAUACAGAAGAGUUGUCCCCACCCAUUGACGACACCUCAGCUUAAGUCACGACCUGCAAGAAAAUAGCUGCACCAUCAUAUCACUGAAGCAUACCAACAGCCACCUUGUGAUGUUAAUUUUUGUGAAACCAUACACUGGUUAUGGAUGUCUUGGAUCCGGAAGUUGAAUAAUGUCUUCAGCACAGAGACCCGGUUCAACUCCAAUCCAGAUAAAAAGCCUCCUUCAUCUGUUGGCUGUAAGGGAUAAAGCUUGCCCUGGCUGAUCAGUGCAUUGUAUGUGGCUUAACAACGGCUCUACCUGAGAAGUGUGAAGUGAUACAUUUUGACAGGACGAAUGUGGAGAGGCAACAUAAACUAAAUGGUACUAAAUGGUUUAAUGGAGUUGCAGAAAUAGAGAGGCCUGGGGUUGAAGUGCAUAAAUCUUUGGUGGCAGGACAGGCUGUUAAAAAAGCAUACGGGAGCAUUAACUUUAUAAACAGACAUGGAGAGUACAAAAGCAAGGAAGUUAUGCUAAACCUUAAUAAAAAUUGAUUAGGUCGCGGCUGGAGUAUUGUGUGCAACUCAGGAAUAUCAAACCCUUUGAGAAGGUGCAGAGAAGGUUUACUGGAUUAGUACAGCGGAUGAGGGACUUUAGUUAUGCAGAGAGACCAGAGAAGCUGGGAUUGUUUUCCUUAGAGAAUAGGGGAGGCUUAAUAGAGCUGUUUGAAAUCAUGGCGGGUUUAGAUGGAGUAAAGAAGGGGAAACUCUUUCCAGUGGCAGAAAGGUGGGUUACCAGAGGAGAAGAUUAAAGGUGAUUGGCAAAAGAACUGGAGGCAAGGUGAGGAAAAUUCUUUUUACGCAGCAAAUUGUUAUGGUCCAGGAUGCACUGCCUGAAAGGGUGGUGGAAGCAGACUCAAUAGUAACUUUGAAAAGAGAAUUGGAUAAAUAUUUGAAAGGGAAAAACUUGGAGGGCUGUGGGGAAAGGGUAGGGGCAAAGUGAAUAGUUCUGUCAGAGUUGGCACAAGGUACAAUGGGCGGAAUGACCUCCUUCUGUGCCGAAUAAUUACAUGAUUCUAUGAAAUGAAUUUUGAACAUUCCCAAUACAGCCCACAGAGAGAUGCCAAACAAAACUGUUUUUAUUUGGUACUAAAUUGGCAAUCACAGAGAAAGGGAAAAAGGAAAAAAAAAACCCUUUGAGAUGGUAAAGUGACACAUUGUGGGCAGUGUAGAAGGAGCUUUACUCAAUAUCUAACUUGUGCUGUGUCUGUCCCGGAACUGGUUGCUGGGACAUUGUAGAGGGAGCUUUACUUCAUUUUGAUACUGUAGCUUCCAAAAUGGAAACUAUCCCAUUCUCCAGCACUAACAUCUCACCUUGAUGAGCACAAAGUGAAUGUCUCUAUCUUCAUUUAUGUUCUUUUACACACAUGUUGAAGCUGGUGAUGGCAAUCGGGAUCCUUCUGAGCAGCAAGAAAAUAAAUGUGAUCCCCUUACUAACAUUUCAACAGCUUGUACCUAAGGCCAAUUAUUGAGAUACCAUGUUAUCCAAUGAGCUGGCUGACUGAUCAUUUAUAAUAAUUCCCUUGAUAUUGUGCCACUGGAAUGAGGCUCUGACUUAGCCUCACUUAAUGAAACAUCUGACUGUGAUUGACAGCAGAUCAAAACUUUUUCACCUCUUAUAACAGCAUUUUCAUUGUGUACCUUAAAAUAGACUCACAUGCAAGAGAACUCAACGAAGCAAAAUGGCACUCAGUCAUUAUUUGGUCAGACAUUUGGUCAGAUGACAAUACCUCUUCAAAUUAGGACUGUUUCAUGGAAGGAAUUAGAUUGUACUGUUUGAUAUUUGUAUGAAAUUGGUCUGUCCAUUCCUGUCGCUUAGAUCUUAAACCAUUGAACCCUGUCAGUGACUGAAGAACAUUGUUAAAAUGAGGAUAAAGGAUUUUCACAGGAACAUGUCAAUGUAGCUCAGCACGAUUUCAACCCAUGUGACUCUAGCUGGACAUGGAAAGUGAAGCAUUGAUUUACAGAGUGUGAGCUCCAAGUUGUAAUCUAAUAACUCUGCCCUCUCAAAUGUUACCAUUGCUUCAGGUUAUAUUUUAUUUUGCUUAAUAAAAACUAUAGUUGAA